AUGGCUCCGUAUUACGAUCCUCGUCCUGGGCUACGUCAACCGUCCAUCAUUAAAGCCACCAUCCAUCAUGCUAUAGAAACUGGUGCUCAUCCACCAAUUUAUACUUCACCAUAUCGUGUUUCAUACAAAGAUGAACAGAUACAACGCGAAGAAAUCGAAAAAUUACUCAAACAAGGCGUGAUUGAAGAAUCUACAUCGCCAUGGCCAUCACCAAUAGUACUGGCUCGUAAAAAAGAUGAAUCUGUUAGAUUUUGCAUUGAUUUUAGGAAAUUAAACAGCAUUAUUACGAAAGAUGUAUUUCCAAUGCCUCGAAUUGAUGAUAUCUUUGACCAUUUAUCACAAGCAGAAUAUUAUACAACCAUCGAUUUCAAAUCAGGUUAUUUUCAAGUUGGACUUGAUCCCAAUGAUCGUCCAAAAACGACUUUUUCCACUCGGGAUCAACAUUAUCAAUUUACAGUGUUACCUCAAGGUGUUACAAAUGGUCCACCUGCAUUUCAACGUAUCGUUAGUCAAAUACUUGGGCCUGCAAGAUGGAAAUAUUCAUUAGCGUAUCUCGAUGACGUUAUAAUAUACUCGACAACGUUUAAAGAACAUCUUAUUCAUCUCAAUGAUAUUCUUAAUCGAUUAAAUUAUGCAAAUUUUCGGCUUAAUGUUACUAAAUGUCAAAUAGCAAGAACAUCAAUAGAUUAUCUAGGACAUCAUAUUCAACAUCGUAGUAUUCGACCUAAUGCUGACAAUAUUCGCGCGUUAUUAGAAACUCAACAGCCGACAUCAGCGAAAGAAGCAUUUCGAUUCGUCAAAGCUGCUGAAUAUUAUCGUAAAUUUAUACCUGGAUUUUCAACGAUUGCACAACCUUUACAUCAAUAUGCACCAACCACCAAAGAACAACGAAAAACAAAAUCACAAGCAAAACCUAUUACUUUAUCCGAUGAUGCACUUGACGCGUUUAAUAAAUUAAAGAGAAUAUUAACCAAUGAUUUAGUAUUACGCAUUCCAGAUCAAAAUUUACCAUUCAAGAUACAAACGGAUGUAUCUAAAAUUGGUGUUGGAGCAGUACUGAUGCAAGCUCAUCCUAACGGCGAUCUACCAGUAGCAUAUUUAUCAAAGAAAUUCACAGCAACACAAAUGAAUUGGCCUGCAACGGAACAAGAAUGUUAUGCUAUUAUAUAUGCUAUUGAAAAAUGGCAUAAAUAUUUAGACGGCCAAUCAUUUAUUAUUGAAACAGAUCACAAACCAUUAUUACCACUUAAUUCAAAGCAACAACUAAAUUCGAAAUGUGAACGAUGGUGUUUAAAAUUACAACAAUAUCGAUUUACUAUUAAAUACAUUAAACGCAAACAUAAUACAGUAGCUGAUUAUUUAUCACGUUCAACAGUAAAUAAUGGAUCAAAUGAUGAAGAUGACUAUACACCAACGAAAUCUGCAUCAUCACAAACUGACGAGUAUAUGAAGACGAAAAUCGUUGCACCUGUAAUCACCCGUAAUUACCCAAAACAACAAGUUGCUGAGAGGUCGGAUCUCCAUUCGGUAGAUCGCAUCUGUGAGAUGGACACCCGAAAGACGAAUGUAGACAUAGAAGUCGUACAAUCCUGUGGCACACACUAUAAUCAGUGUCAUACACCCGUGGUUACAAAUGAAAUACAACAAAUAAUACCUUUUACAUGGGAACAAUUAAAAGAAGCACAACAUCAAGAUGAAGAAAUUAAGAACAUAAUUAAUAACAUCCAGAACCAUAAGAAAUAUUUUAUCAAAGAUAGUAUGUUAAUGAAGAAAGCAUGUCCACCAGCUCAAGUUAUACCUAAAGGACGAAUACGUUCAGAUAUAAUGAAAAUUUAUCAUGAUACACCGGCGAAUGGUGCUCAUUUUGGUCGUGAUCGAACGAUUAAUAAAAUUCAACAACGAUAUUUUUGGCCAGGUAUGAUUUCUGACAUUCGUAAUUUUAUAAAAUCUUGUUUAAUUUGUUCACAAAACAAUCCGCUACGAAAAAAACCAUCUGGUGCUUUGAAACCAAUAAAACCUCCAAAUGGAAUAUGGCAAUUACUUACAAUGGAUUUUCGCGGACCGAUCACACCAAUAACGAAGAAUGGAAAUAAAUACAUUAUUUCAUUGACCGAUGUAUUAUCAAAAUUUAUAAUUACAAAAGCAGUCCGUGAUUGCACUGCUACCACUGCAGCACGAUUUUUAUUUGAUGAAGUUAUUCUUAAAUAUGGUACUCCUAAAUGUAUUCUUACUGAUAAUGGUACACAUUUUACAGCUAAAAUGAUGACGGAAUUAUUAAAACAAAUUGGAAUUACACAUUUAUACUCGACACGCUAUCAUCCCAUGACAAAUGGACAGAUAGAAAGAUUUAAUGCAACAAUGGAUGCAAAAAUAGCUGCAUUAUCAAAUGAAAAACGAACGAGCUGGGAUGAAAAAUUGCCAUUCGUUACAUUCAAUUACAACACCACUAUACAUCGUAUAACUACUCAAAGUCCAUUCGGAUUAAUACAUGAUCAUAAGCCAAUGUUUCCCUUUGAUCAACAACAACCAUUAGUUACCUUAUCACAAGAUCCAGAACACAAGACAAAAUUAAAUCAACACUUAUCCGUAUUAACCGAACAAGCGAAAGCCAAGAUUUUAGAACAACAACGCAAAUAUAGAGAACGUUAUGAUCGAUAUCGAACAAAUCCAAUUUAUAAAAUUAAUGAUAUUAUUCUUGUUAAAACAUUAAACAAGCGAAACAAAUUCGACAUCAGGUAUGAAGGACCCUUUAAGAUUACACAACAACUGGGAAAAAAAACAUUUAUCGUGCAACAUAUUAAGAAGCAUACAUUAGUUCGACAAGUUACAAUAGAUGUCAUUAUUCCAUUAUACGAACGAAAAAGAAUGAAUUAA